AUGAGGACGGAGCGUACGGAUUCUUCUCUAACAUCUGUAUCAACAUCAUCAAAACCGAACAGCCCCCCACCUUCUCCAAACAAACGGCGGACAUCCAAUUCUUCCAAUCUUUGCACAUCCAAUUCCCUUCAACGACGAAGAACCUCGAACUCCUCCCAAAAUAGACCGUUUGCGAAUCAAACUCAUCUUUCUCCUGGUGGUGGUCCUUCUUCAUCUUCACAAGAUCAAUUAGGAGGAAGUCAACCGCAUCCUUUACCUCCGCGAACUCGAGUCAACUCAAUUAUGAGUCGAGGUAUGGAGGCCGCGCAAAGUUUCACCAGUCCCUUAGCACAGAUAUAUCAGCCUUUGGUCGUUGAUGAUGAUCUCCCUCUUGCGAGUGAUGAGUCCCUAGGUCUAGACCAGGUUCCCUCGGUACCACAGGGUGGUGCUCCGCUGAUUAGCUACGGGCCAACAACACGAAGACGGCUGUCGUCUAUGCAGGGAGUUCAUCGGCGUAAUACAAGCAAUGUUGGGCUUCUUCGUCAAAGCAAUAAUAUUAGCAAUAAUAACUUGGGUACACCGAAUCGACAUCUUCAGCAUGUGCAACAACAGCAACCGCGGUCUCAGCAGAACUUUCCUUCGAUGCAGGAAGUCAUGAGUGGUGCAGAUGGUGUUAUUUCGGAGAGCCCGUCUAGUCGUGGGGGCUUGGAUAUACCUACGGCCGGACAGAUUCAGGAGGAGGAGGGGAGUGCAGGUGGUGCUUCGCAGUGGUCGGAGAGGUUGGCGAAGUUGGAGGAAAGACAGGAAAGGAUUGAAAAUUUGUUGGAGGGCAUUGCAAAGGAUUUGAGAGACAGAGGAAAAGUGUAG